UCAGAUUUCAUGCACUUGUAAGGACCAAUCCACAGAUCAGGUUACAUGCUCGUGUAGAGUCCAAUCACAUCACAGAUCGGGUUACAUCCAUGUAUGUGUAGGGACCAAUCCACAGAUCAGGUUACAUGCACGUGUAGGCACCAAUCACAGAUGUACGUGUAGGGACCAAUCCGCAGAUCGUGUUACAUGCAGGUGUAGAGUCCAUUCAGGAUGAGUUGCACAGAACACGUGGAGUAUCCCUACGAGGCCAGUGAUGAGGCCAGUGAGAAUGAGCUGCUGGACCGCAGCCUCUCCAUGUGGCGCGGGUGGGGCUCCCUCAACACGGACACCGACGGGUUCGACCCCAUCCCCAUCGACCUGCACACCGCAUCCUCCAUCGGACAGUAUGAUACGGUACGUGCCAUUGUCCAAUCUGGGAAGCAGGACCUGGAUAAGAAGAACCACGGUAGCUGGACGCCACUGAUGUAUGCGUGUUACAUCGGACAUGACAACAUUGUUAACCUGCUGCUGGACGCUGGGGUGGACGUCAACCUGAAGUCUGCAAAGGGCCAGACGCCGCUGAUCCUUGCCGCUAGCUGUGGGAACGAAAGCGUGGCGUACUUCUUGUUGCAGCAGGGCGCUGACCUCACGGGAAAGGACCGGAGAGGCUGGUCAGCACUGUUCCACGCAACUAACGCUGGACACCAGAACAUGGUGAAGUUCCUGUUGGAGGAGGGGGCAGACACAGAGUCCCGCGAGCCGACCCUGGGUCUCACACCGCUGUGCCUGGCUGCAGGGGAGGGUCACGAGAUCAUCGUACAGACGCUGCUUGAUCACGGAGCCAACGUCAACGCACAGAGCUACAAUGGGGACACUCCGCGCAUGCUGGCCCUCAUCAACGGCCACUCCAAGAUUGUGGGGCUGAUCGACACAUUCACCGCGCAGCCCGGCACAAGUCUCCGUGCUGCGCCAGGAUUGGGUGACAAUAACGAUGACCUCAGCUCCUCCGACGAGUUCAGGGGUCACAGGAAGCCUCCCCGCAGCCACCACCACCGCAGCUCGCGCGCCCGCCGGACACCCAGCAUACGGGACGGGCCCGCCGAGUUCGCCCGCAAGACGGGUAUUCCUGUCCAACCUCAGCAGAAGGGUAAGGCGUCCCAGCCUCCGUCCACCAAACCCGCGGCGCAGACCCCCGCGGUGCCAAGCAGCCCGGGCGUGCCCAGCGGUUAUGUCACGUUCCAGGACGAGUGGGCCGGGGAACGGGAGGAGGGUGAAAUCCGAUUCCGUGACGUAAUCUCCCCCAUCAACGUCAGCGAACAUGACCUGGACAGCUCAGGGGGACGCCAGGAGGCUGCUGACCCAGCGAACACCUUGGAUGAACAGUGUGCCUUCGCUCUCUCCAAUGCCCUGACCAUCAAGAGCAGCAGCAGCAGCAGUGGGGACCUGGAGAAGGCUCUGGGGCUGAACCAGGAGAAACAGCCGGCCACUCAGCAGCCUUCCUGGCACCAGGUGUACCAGCAGCCCCCUCAGGCCCCCCGCGCCAUGCCCGACCCCCCACCGGAAGUGCUGCCUCCCUUACCUGCCAACAUCCCCGCACCUGUCCCCGACACUGAGGGGAGUACUGAGGUUUACCAGCCCCCAAAGGACCUAAUGGAACUGCUAAACAACAUCCAGUGUGCCAAGUACCACCCUGUUUACCAGCCCCCUAAGGACCUAAUGGAACUGCUAAACAACAUCCAGUGUGCCAAGUACCAUCCUGUGUUUGAGGACCAGGACAUUGAUCUGCACGUGUUCCUCACACUGACUGAUAAUGAUCUCAAGGAGAUUGGCAUCAAGCUGAUGGGCCCGCGGCGUAAGAUGACGUCGGCGAUCGCCCGUUACCACAGCCACGCCCGGUUACACAUGACGGGUCCGGAGCACGCCUAUGCAGACAAGCUGGAGAGUGAGAUGCAGGAGCUGGCCAUGCAACUGCACAGGGUGUAUGCGCAGGCAGAGCAGCUGAAGCAACAGGUGCUACAGGAGCAUGAGCUGCGAAAGGUGGUGGAGGGAUGUGUGGUGGAGAACAAGGCUGCCUGGGACCGCGUCAGACAGGUUGCCACGGAGACCCGUGAGCUGUGCAGCGAUGUGCGACUGCUGGUGCACCAGGUCAGGAUGUGUCAGGACGAGUUCUCCCGGAAACUCCUGCCUGAGGCAGACAGUGCUCAGCCUCCCGAUGAUCGGUACAUCCACCCAAGUCCUGCUGGCACAGGACAGCCUUCCAACACAGACAACAGGUUCCCUGAAGAUGAUGCUUCCCCGGACGGGCAGGGAGACCCGGGCCCCGACGGCCACCCCGCCCCGCUGUUGCCGCGGGUUACGCUGAUCUCUAGCGGGCAGCUUCGGGAGAUGGGCGCGGCCGAGUUGCAGACAACCAUGUCAGAGUUCAUGGGUCAGAUGGACGUCAUCGUGGGGAAGGCCAUGGGCAGCAUGCAGCAGCUACUGGGGCCAAACCAGCUGUCCGGGUCGCCUGGGUCGAGUGGGUCGUCCAAGUCUGGGUGAUUGUGGUCUGGGUCGCCUGGGUCCAGUGGGUUGUCUAAAUCUAGGUGAUUAGAUACUGGUGGUUGCACACUGGGUCACCUGGGUCUUUAAAGUCUGGAUGAUUAAACACUGUCUGGGUUGCCUGGGUCCAAUGGGUUAAAAUUUCUAAGUCUGGGUGAUAAAUACAGUGGUUUACACACUGAUUUGCAUGGGUCUUCAAAGUUAGCCUGAUAUUUUCUUCCUAUUCCUGCAAUAGUAUCAAAUGUUA